ACAGUGGAGUGCUAACGAGCGUUCGCUGCUGAGAAGCACUGCACUCCGUGUUGACAUUUCAGAGUUUCCUUAACAAAACACAGCCCUUUGCUCAAGAAUCCCUUCGCUCCAGCCAUAUUUAGCCUAAAUAUCAAUUCAAAUUAAGAAAAUAAACUCAAUGCGUAAAUCUCACCAACAGUUAAGAUUUAACGGUAAAGCUCACGUUUGCUGGUUUGAAGAAAGAAAAGAAAGGUGCUUCGAACACUAGUCGCGAUGUGUGGGUUGUUGCGAAUAUUAUUCCAAGAUUUGUUUUGGGUGUUUCUGCCAAAACUACCGACUAAAAAAGACUUACGUGAGGAAGCUGUAGUGCCGGAACCGAAGCCAACUGAAGAGGAGCCAAAGGCGGAUAAGAAGAAUAUCAUUUCAAGUGCGAAAACGAUACGACCGGUGUCCAGGAAUAUAGAUAUACCAAAGGUACGAAUAGAUGGUGGUUACCAGCCGAGAAAAGUUAGCCCAAAGAUGCUGCACGAACUGGACAUGAGAGCUUUGAGGAGAAAAAAUAAGUCACGAAGGCGUGCGUACGAAACGCUUCGGUUGAAGGAGUUCCAGAAAGAAACGGAACCAUUCGAUGAACAAACUCAAUACGAACGAUCUGAUAGCCCAGAGUUGAUGUUUCAAAUGGAUGAUAUUUAUUGAAUCGUUUCCGGGCUUCCCUUUCUUCUUCCAUUUGUAUUUAUAAUAAUCCCAAACAAACUCCCAACU